AGUCCCAUUAUCUCCCAGCUGCAUAGACAUUCCAUACGGCUUGGUUCUGCCUGGAUGCACAGCAUGCCUGGCUGAGAGCUUGAAACAGAGUUCUGCAGAAAAAUUGUAAAGAUCCCGAGACAUUUCCCUGACUCUUGAGCUACUGACUGGAAGAUAGACACUUUUUUUCCUGCUGAUUGUAUGGGAGAAAUUUUGACCUUAGAAAGUGGAAAUGAGGUUGCUAUGGAAACUGGUAAUUCUGCUGCCACUCAUAAAUACUUGUGCAGGUGCUGGUCUUUUAAGCCGUCCUAUUUUUACCGAGGAACCACAAGAUGUUAUUUUUCCUUUGGACUUACCAAAAUCUGAAAUCAUACUGAAUUGUGCUGCCACUGGUUACCCUUCACCCCAUUAUAGGUGGAAGCAAAAUGGCACAGAUAUUGAUUUUAUCAUGAGUUAUCACUACAGGUUGGAUGGAGGCAAUUUGGCCAUCAGUAGCCCCCGUACAGAUCAAGAUAUUGGCAUAUACCAGUGCCUGGCCACCAACACACUAGGGACGAUUCUGAGUCGGAAGGCAAAGCUCCAAUUUGCAUAUAUUGAAGACUUUGAAACCAAAACAAGAAGCAUGGUAUCCGUCCGAGAAGGUCAAGGUGUGGUGCUUCUCUGUGGCCCACCACCACACUUUGGAGAUUUAUCUUAUGCAUGGACCUUCAAUGAUAACCCCUUAUAUGUUCAAGAGGACAAAAGGAGAUUUGUAUCACAAGAGACAGGAAACCUAUACAUUGCCAAAGUGGAACCAUCAGAUGUGGGCAACUACACUUGCUUCAUAACAAACAAGGAAGCCCAGAGAAGUGUUCAAGGACCACCCACUCCAUUAGUGCAGCGCACUGAUGGUGUGAUGGGGGAAUAUGAACCAAAGAUUGAAGUUCGUUUUCCUGAAACUAUACAAGCUGCAAAGGAUUCAUCUGUAAAACUGGAAUGCUUUGCCCUUGGAAAUCCAGUCCCUGAUAUUAGUUGGAGGAGGUUGGAUGGAAACCCGUUGCCAGGGAAAGUCAAGUACAGCAAAUCCCAAGCUAUUCUUGAAAUCCCGAACUUUCAACAGGAAGAUGAAGGCUUCUAUGAGUGUAUUGCAGGCAACCUUCGAGGGAGAAACCUUGCAAAGGGUCAACUCAUUUUCUAUGCCCCACCAGAAUGGGAACAAAAAAUCCAAAAUACAUACCUGUCUAUCUAUGACAGUCUGUUUUGGGAAUGCAGAGCUAGUGGAAAGCCAAAUCCUUGGUACACCUGGUUAAAGAAUGGUGAACGCCUCAACCCAGAGGAAAGAAUUCAAAUAGAAAAUGGGACACUUAUCAUAACUAUGCUGAAUGUGUCAGAUUCUGGUGUCUACCAGUGUGCUGCAGAAAACAAAUAUCAGAUAAUUUAUGCAAAUGCAGAAUUGAGAGUAUUAGCCUCAGCUCCUGAUUUCUCUAAAAAUCCCAUUAAAAAGAAUUCAGUUGUUCAAGUUGGUGGGGAUAUUACUAUCGAAUGCAAGCCAAAUGCUUUUCCUAGGGCAGUUAUCUCCUGGAAAAGAGGAAUGGAGAGCCUGAGACAAAGCAAAAGAGUGUUUCUCUCAGAGGAUGGCAGCCUCAAGAUAUAUAACGUUACUAGGUCAGAUGCCGGAUCAUAUACUUGCAUAGCUACAAAUCAGUUUGGCGUUGCAAAGAACACUGGCAGCCUAGUCGUAAAAGAGAGGACUGUUAUUACCAUUCCACCUUCCAAAAUGGAUGUUACAGUUGGAGAGAGUAUAGUCCUACCAUGCCAGGUAUCCCACGACCCCUCCAUUGAAGUUGUAUUUAUAUGGUCUUUCAAUGGAGAUGUCAUAGACUUAAAAAAAGGAGUCACUCAUUUUGAAAGGAUUGGAGGGGAGGAAUCUGUUGGGGAUUUGAUGAUAAGGAAUAUUCAGUUAAAUCAUUCAGGAAAAUAUCUAUGCACAGUAAAAACAACUCUAGAAAGUUUAUCUGCUGUAGCUGAUAUCAUUGUUAGAGGUCCACCAGGUCCCCCUGAGGAUGUAAGAGUGGAACACAUUUCCAGUACUACUUCUCAACUAAGCUGGAGACCAGGCUCAGAUAAUAAUAGUCCCAUUCAAAUAUUUACUGUUCAAGCUCGGACACCAUUUUCAGUGGGUUGGCAGGCUGUUUCAACUGUUCCAGAAAUUCUCAAUGGCAAGACGUACAAUGCAACAGUGAUUGGUUUGAGUCCUUGGGUGGAAUAUGAAUUUCGCGUCGUUGCUGGAAAUAGCAUUGGGAUUGGAGAACCAAGUAAAGCAUCAGAAUUGUUAAGAACCAAAGCAUCAGUCCCUGUUGUGGCACCAACAAACAUCAAUGGAGGUGGUGGAAGUCGGUCGGAACUCGUCAUUACGUGGGAGUCAAUUCCAGAAGAACUACAAAAUGGAGAGGAAUUUGGAUACAUCAUCAUGUUGCGGCCAGUUGGCUCAACAUCCUGGACCAAGAAAAGAGUACCAUCUGUAGAAUCAUCAAGGUUUGUUUACAGAAAUGAAAGCAUCACCCCUCUCUCUCCCUUUGAAGUCAAAGUGGGUGUAUAUAAUAAUGAAGGAGAAGGAUCUCUGAGUACCGUGUCCAUUGUCUACUCUGGGGAAGAUGAACCUCAACUGGCCCCAGGGGGAACUUCUGUCCAGAGUUUUUCUGCUUCAGAAAUGGAGGUUUCGUGGAAUGCUAUUGCCUGGAAUAGAAACACUGGAAGAGUGCUGGGCUAUGAGGUAUUAUACUGGACAGAUGACUCUAAAGAAUCAAUGAUUGGGAAAAUUAGAGUCAGUGGCAAUGUCACAACCAAAAACAUAACAGGACUGAAAGCCAAUACCAUCUACUUUGCUUCCGUGAGAGCUUACAACAGUGCUGGAGCUGGGCCCUCAAGCCCCCCAGUCAAUGUCACCACCAAAAAGUCUCCUCCAAGCCAACCACCAGCUAACAUUGCCUGGAAGCUGACAAACUCUAAAUUAUGCCUGAAUUGGGAGCACGUAAAAACCAUGGAAAAUGAGUCGGAAGUGUUGGGCUACAAGAUUCUGUACCGGCAAAACAGACAGAGUAAAACACAUAUUUUGGAAACAAACAAUACAUCGGCUGAGCUUCUUGUUCCAUUUGAAGAAGACUACUUGAUUGAAAUAAGAACAGUUAGCGAUGGUGGAGAUGGAAGCAGCAGUGAGGAAAUUAGAAUUCCAAAAAUGUCAAGUUUGAGUUCCAGAGGAAUUCCAGUCUUAGAACCUAGCAUCUACUUCCUGUCAGCUGUCAUCGUUUUUUACUAUUUUACAAUUCAGCCACUUACACGAUGAAUAAAAUCGUAAAUCCUUGAGAGAUUUUUGAAACAAAUCAUCCUGUAAAUAAGCUCUCUACCCCCCAUCACAAAAUACAAUAUUAAAACAGACUCCUUUGGAAAGGAAAACAGUGUAUAUUAUUAAGAUCUUGUAAAUAUCUAUAGUACAUUAAUAAAACAAUUUUAAACACUUUUGAA